GAGGGAAUUGGCAAUCUCGCUGCCUACGUGGGAGAGAAGGGAGGGUUGGGGGAAGCGUGGAAAACCUGAACCCAAGCCGCUGCAGCCUGAGGAAGAUUUGGUGGGAGAAGUAGAGGGAAAUAGACGGGUGGAGGAGGAGGUGAGGAGGGCAUCUGGGUCGCUGCUGCUGGGCGGCACAAAGUUCGCGAUGUGGCUAAAGCCUGAGGAAGUGCUCCUGAAAAAUGCGCUGAAGCUGUGGCUGAUGGAAAGGUCCAACGACUACUUCGUGCUGCAGCGGCGUCGGGGCUACGGUGAGGAAGGCGGAGGGGGUCUCACAGGAAGAAAUUCACCCUUCUGGAUUUUUGCAGUUACCUUACAUUAUCCCUUGAUCAUCCUGGCUGAUAAGGGGCUUCUGGUUGGGACUCUUGAUUCAGUUUUAGACUCUACUGCUAAAGUUGCUCCAUUUCGCAUCCUACACCAGACACCAGAUUCUCAAGUUUACCUGUCAAUUGCAUGUGGAGCCAACAGAGAAGAAAUAACCAAACAUUGGGAUUGGUUGGAACAAAAUAUCAUGAAGACCUUAUCUGUGUUUGAUUCAAAUGAAGAUAUUACUAAUUUUGUACAAGGAAAGAUAAGAGGAUUGAUUGCUGAAGAGGGAAAACAUUCUUUUGCAAAAGAAGAUGAUCCUGAGAAAUUUCGAGAAGCUCUUUUGAAAUUUGAAAAAUGUUUUGGUUUACCAGAGCAGGAGAAGUUAGUGACCUAUUACUCAUGCAGUUAUUGGAAAGGACGGGUUCCUUGUCAGGGAUGGCUCUAUCUUAGCACCAACUUUCUGAGCUUCUAUUCUUUUUUGUUGGGAUCAGAAAUAAAACUCAUUAUCUCCUGGGAUGCAGUCUCAAAACUUGAAAAGACUUCAAAUGUUAUACUAACAGAGAGUAUUCAUGUGUGUUCCCAAGGGGAGAAUCACUACUUUUCAAUGUUUUUGCAUAUUAAUGAAACAUACCUUCUUAUGGAACAGCUGGCUAACUAUGCUAUAAAGAGACUUUUUGAUAAGGAAACAUUUGCUAAUGACCCAAUCCUUGAUGAUCCUCUACAAAUCACCAAGAGAGGUCUGGAAAAUCGAGCCCACAGUGAGCAGUUUAAUGCUUUUUUUAGGCUCCCCAAAGAAGAGACUUUGAAAGAAGUACAUGAAUGUUUCUUAUGGGUACCAUUCAGCCACUUUAAUACUCAUGGAAAAAUGUGCAUCUCAGAAAACUAUAUCUGCUUUGCUAGCCAGGAUGGCAAUCUAUGUUGUGUAAUCAUUCCAUUACGAGAGGUCUUAGCUAUAGAUAAGACAAAUGAUUCCAGCAAAUCUGUCAUCAUUAGCAUCAAAGGAAAAACAGCUUUUCGCUUCAGUGAAGUUCAAGACUUUGAGCAGCUGGUGGCAAAACUCAGACUCAAGUAUGGGGCAGCUUCAACUCAGUAUCACGAUGUUAGCACAGAGAUUCCUAUUAGUUCUGAUUCUACAGACCCAUCUGAUAAUACUGAAGUACGAUCUUUGACAUGUCAGAAAGAAUGCAGUAAAACUGUGAACACUGAAGCCUUAAUGACAGUAUUUCACCCUCAGAAUUUGGAGACUCUUAAUUCCAAAAUGUUGAAAGAAAAGAUGAAGGAACAGUCAUGGAACAUCCUAUUUGCAGAAUGUGGGCGUGGUGUUAGCAUGUUUCGGACCAAAAAGACUCGAGAUCUGGUUGUAAGAGGGAUUCCAGAGACCUUAAGAGGAGAGCUCUGGAUGCUUUUUUCAGGUGCUGUUAAUGACAUGGCUGCUAAUCCUGGCUAUUAUGCUGAAGUGGUUGAGCAGUCCUUAGGGACCUGCAACUUGGCUACUGAAGAAAUUGAACGUGAUUUGCGUCGCUCCCUGCCUGAACACCCAGCCUUUCAGAGUGACACUGGCAUAUCUGCUCUGAGGCGGGUACUCACUGCUUAUGCAUAUAGGAAUCCCAAAAUUGGAUACUGCCAGGCAAUGAACAUCUUAACUUCAGUGCUGCUUCUGUAUGCAAAAGAGGAAGAAGCUUUUUGGCUUCUGGUUGCUGUGUGUGAACGAAUGUUGCCUGAUUAUUUUAACCGUCGAAUCAUUGGUGCCUUGGUGGAUCAGGCAGUCUUUGAAGAACUUAUCAGGGAUCACCUUCCCCAGCUGACAGAACACAUGACUGAUAUGACAUUCUUUUCCUCAGUUUCUCUCUCAUGGUUCCUCACACUUUUUAUUAGUGUGCUGCCAAUUGAAAGUGCAGUGAAUGUGGUGGACUGUUUCUUCUAUGAUGGAAUAAAAGCCAUUUUACAGCUGGGAUUGGCAAUACUUGACUAUAAUUUGGACAAACUGCUCACAUGUAAAGAUGAUGCUGAAGCCGUGACAGCUUUAAACAGGUUCUUUGACAAUGUCACUAAUAAGGAUAGCCCACUGCCUUCAAGUGUUCAGCAGGGUUCAAACAUGAGUGAUGAAAAAAGCAGUCAUAUUAGAGUGGAUAUUACAGAUUUGAUUAGAGAGUCAAAUGAGAAAUAUGGUAAUAUUCGCUAUGAAGAUAUACACAGCAUGCGCUGUCGAAAUAGGUUAUAUGUCAUACAGACCCUAGAGGAAACGACAAAGCAGAAUGUGUUGCGUGUUGUAUCACAAGAUGUGAAAUUGAGCCUUCAUGAAUUGGAUAAACUUUAUGUCAUCUUUAAGAAAGAGCUGUUUUUUUCUUAUUAUUGGUGCUUGAGUUGUCCAGUCCUGAAGUACCAUGACCCCAGUCUGCCAUAUUUGGAACAGUAUCAGAUUGACUGCCAGCAGUUCAGAGUGUUAUAUCAUUUGUUGAGUCCCUGGGCUCAUUCUGCAAACAAAGACUCACUAGCCUUAUGGACAUUCAGACUGUUGGAUGAAAACUCUGACUGCCUUAUAAACUUCAAAGAAUUCUCCUCUGCAAUUGAUAUAAUGUACAAUGGAAAUUUCACUGAGAAGCUUAAGCUGCUUUUUAAGCUGCAUAUUCCUCCAGCUUAUACUGAAGUGAAAUCUAAGGACCCUUCAAAAGGAGAUGAACUUUCCAAGGAAGAAUUACUUUAUUUCAGUCAGCUCCAUGUUUCUAAGCCUGCAAAUAUGAAGGAAGCAGAAUCACCAAAAAACAGCCCUGAAAAAGGCAAAGAGAAAGUUGAUAUUCAAGCAUAUCUAAGUCAAUGGCAAGAUGAGCUUUCCAAAAAAGAAGAAAACAUUAAGGAUUUACCAAGAAUGAAUCAGUCACAAUUCAUUCAGUUUUCAAAGACCCUAUAUAAUUUAUUUCAUGGACACCCUGAAGAAGAGUCGUUAUAUCAAGCCAUUGCUGUUGUAACCAGCCUUUUGCUCAGGAUGGAAGAAGUUGGAAGGAAACUACAUAGCCCUACAGCAUCAGCCAAAGAAUUCUCUGGUACAGUCUGUGCUUCUGGAGGACCCAGUGAGGGGAAAACAGAGAGCCACUUGAAGAAAGAUCCCUCCUCUCUGAGGGAAGAACCUCAGUGGUCAUUUGCAUUUGAACAGAUUCUUGCGUCUUUGUUGAAUGAACCAGCAUUGGUGAGGUUUUUUGAGAAACCCAUAGAUGUAAAAGUGAAACUAGAAAGUGCAAAAACCUCUCAGUUAAGCUGUAGAACCAAGAUAUAAAUCUCUUAACAGGAAUUGCCUAUUAUAGACAAGUUUACUAAGAUUCCUAUAGCUGUCAGUUUGAUUCUUGGGAAUAGGGAUCAGGGAUUUAUCUUGUUACCAAUGUGCUUGAAGGUUAAAAAGGAAAAGAUAUGUGGAAGCACAAUAAUUCAUUGCUUUGUGGUAAUCUCUAAUUUUGAUAUUCUUCAUUACAAAUGAACUUUUUAUAGUUCACAUGAUAUGCACUAUCAGGGGAACAUGCUAAAUGUUACCACCAGAGGGCACUACCAUAUCACUUUUAGUAAGAAAAUGCCUAAUUUGUUCUGCUAUUUACAUAUGAAUUACUGACGAUUUUGAAAAUGUGAUGUUAUGUUUGAGUAUUAGUGAUGCUGACAUGUCAUCGAUAAACCCUACUUUCUAAAUUGCCUCAGUGCUAUUAGAAUGCUUUAGAAAUCCAGGCUCUUAGAUCUAUAGCCUUAAUUAUCUAAGGGAUUACCAUACAGGGACCUCAUUUUCAAGUUAUCUAACUGAAAUAAUACUAACUUUUUAAAGUUAAUAUCAUUCAGUUUUCUAAUAAUAAAUGGUUUUUUAGUAACUUCUACAUUCUUCCUACCUGAGAGCAGUUCAGAAGCUGCUGACACACUUCUAACUCUGUGACUGAUAAAAACAAGUCAAGAACUCAAAAUUCUGGGAUUAUUAUUAUAAGGAGAAACAAUAUUGGAUUUAAUUUUAAGCUGGAUAAAGCCAGUCUCUUCAGAAGGGUUAAGAAACAGUUCAGUUAACUAUAUAGGUCUCAUUAGACUGUGCAAUUACUUGGAAUUCUUCUGAGCACUGCUGUUUGUGGCAUUUGUCUCAGAGUAGCCUGUGACUGCUUUGGUUCUAGCUUUAGAUUUUGAAUUUUCACCAGUCAUGUUUUAAGCUACAUUAGAUAGACUGAAUUACUGUGUUAGUCUGGCAAGUUCAUAAAGUAUACUUGUGUGUAAUAAUAGUUAAGGUAAUUGCUGGUGUCUAUCUAAAACGUUUUGACCAUCUAUCUGAUUUAGAUAUGUGAUUUCUAUAUUUUAUGCUGCUUAUAUUUCAGUCAUUACAAUGAAAGCCCAUUUAGAGAUGAUGGGCUUUUGUUAGCACUUUAAAAAAAAAACAAACAAACAAGCAAACCACACCUAUUCGAUCUUCUGUGCUAUUUUAGACAAGAGCAAUUUAUUAAUCAAUUGACUUAGGAGAUUGUGGGGAGAGAUCAUCCAUUGGAGCUGCUUUUUUCACAAAAGGCUUUGGUUUUAAGCCCUUUGACUUUUCAAAUAUGAAACAAUAAAAGGGCAAAAAUUCUUUAGAGUAACCCAAGAUGACGCCCUUUCUGGGAAGGAAUUGGUGUAGUCAACCUUUGACAAGAGUCCACUGUGAACAAGGCCUAACACAAAGGGUUUCAUCAUCACAGAAUGUUAUUUUCAAAGAGAUUCAAGGAUUUUAAGUUGAUCCUUUAAAUUUCAUAAAUUGGACUUGGCCAAACACUUAAUAGUGUUGUCUUUAAAAUGAUUUGGUCAACUUUUUCUUUUCAAGGAAAUUAUCACUUAAAGAUACAGUUGGUAAAUAAGCAUCUAUGCCUUUUCUCAGAAAUAAUUUGCUGAAAUGUAUCCAAAUUUUAGAGUUUAGUUAAUAGUUUAUAUGUAAACUAUCAUACAUCUGCUAUUUUGCAAUGAUUGUUAAAUUAUAGUAGGUCUAGAAAGACACAAGGUUCUGUGCUUAUAUACAAAGGUACUAUUGCACAUACUCUGUUGGAUAUUUUGUCAAUUAUAUUUACAAAAAAAGAUACUUUCUUAAGAGCAUAUGUUAUUAAUAUUUGAUAUGAUUUUAAAGUCUGAAUAUUGAAGUUUAACCUAUAUUAAUAAAAAUUGAAUACUUAGAUUUUUGAAUUGCAAAAUGAUUAUAAAUGGAAGUUUAAAAGGCAAACAUUUAUUUUCUGAGUCUGCAAGAGAAAUAAGAUGAACACAUAGUUUUAUAGUUGCUACCUUGUUAAGCAAAUGAGUUGUUCUUAAUAUUAAAAAUCUUAUGUAGUUGUGUUGAACUGAACCACUGCAUUAUACCUUAUACAUUAAAUUAAAUGUGUUAUAAGGUGGCUUUACUUGUCUUUAUAAAAAUAACUAUUACAGGGGUGCCUGGGUGGCUCAGACGUUAAGCAUCUGCCUUCGGCUCAGGUCAUGAUCCCAAGGUCCUGGGGU